GCAUUGGAGGCACAAAUUAGUGGCAUUGAGAGGCAAUAUAAAGUGCCGCCGCAAACCAUAAGUGAAGAACUGAAAUAUGAUUUGGUUGAAGCAGUGUAUGAGUGGGCCAACGGAAAGUCAUUUGCAGAAGUGUUGGACAUAACUCCAGUUCAGGAGGGAAUCAUUGUUCGCUGUAUUCAAAGACUGGACGAACUUCUAAAGUACAUAAAAAUGGCGGCCAAUAAGAUGGGCAACAAAGAGCUCGAAGAGAAGGCGCGGGAGAAGAUGUUAAUCAAAGAAUUCUUGAGACUUUUUGUUGGGUUGAAGGCACUUUUACUCUUCCUAAAGCCCUAAUUAAAGCAAUUGAUAAAGAAGUUCCGGCUCCGGGUAUCGAACAAUUCUAUGAAAAGGAUGAAGUUCUCGAACAUUCUUACUAUCAAUGGGUUUGUGUUGUUUUAUUCCUUCAAUCGGUCUGUUUUUAUAUAACAAGAGCCCUUUGGAAGGGAUGGGAAAGAGGAAAAAUCAAACAUUUAAUAAAUGACUUAAACAAAGUGAUCCUUAAAGAAGAGGCAAAAAUUAGUAAAUGUGAUACUUUGGUCACUCAAUUGGUUGACAGUCAGGGCAAGAAUAAUGCCUACGCUUUUCGCUAUUUUAUUUGCGAAGUCCUCAACUUUUUUAAUGUCAUAAUACAAAUGAUUUUCAUCAAUUGGUUUCUUGGAGGAGAGUUUUCAAGAUAUGGAAUAAAUGUAUUCAAUUAUAUUGACCGAGAUCCAAAUCAAUCAGAAGAUCCGAUGGCCAGAGUUUUUCCAAAACUAACCAAGUGCACAUUCAGACAAUAUGGCCCUUCUGGUGAUAUUAAACGUUUCGAUAAUCUGUGUCUUCUUCCACAAAAUGUUCUCAACGAAAAGGUUUAUAUAAUUCUUUGGUU